CGGGGCUCGCCGAAAUCCCCAUUCCUGCUCCCUCGGUGCAUGGUGGCGGCAGGAGCGGGGGAGGGCGAGCCCGGCGGGGCGCGGGCCAGAGGCGGCGGCGGGAGCGGGGACGGAGCGCGGAGGAGCCGCGGGCGCCCGGAGGUAUUGCCAGGAGUCUCAAGUGGUUGACCAAGACCUAAGGACUUGAAACUUGUGGUGUGUGAUGUUAAAGAGUGGGCAGUCCUUGGAGCCUCCUUUGCCAGCCUCCAGCGUCAUGUGCCAGUAUGGAUAUUAAGAAAGAGAAGUGCACUUCAGAGCUCAGCAUCCCAGAAAGAAAGUAGGAGGAACUAAACAGAAAGAACAAAUGACUGCAAGAACUGGAAAAGGAGACAGAGCAGCCACAGUGAUUUUCUUUUUUAAUAUUUUUUCCUUUUUUUAAUAUUAAUUUAAUUUUUCCUCCUCGUGCCUGGAUUUUAAGACUGUCAGCUGCACUGAUCACAAGCACUGGACAUCAAUAUGUGUCAUGUCAUUGUAACAUGUCGGUCGAUGCUGUGGACUCUCCUGAGUAUUGUGGUGGCUUUUGCAGAGCUCAUCGCUUUUAUGAGCGCAGACUGGCUGAUUGGCAAAGCAAAGCCUGCAAGCUCCGAGGAUGUGGACAACAGAACAGGGGGGUCACAGGAGCCUUACCAUCCAACGCUGGGCAUCUAUGGGCGCUGCACCAGAAUCUCCCACAUGCAGUUCUCUAGACGAGACACGCUUUGUGGUCCUUACGCUGAAAACUUCAAUGAGAUUGCCAGUGGGUUCUGGCAGGCAACCGCUAUUUUCCUAGCUGUGGGAAUCAUGAUUCUCUGUGCCGUGGCAUUUGUAUCUGUCUUUACCAUGUGUGUGCAGAGUAUUAUGAAGAAAAGCAUUUUUAAUGUCUGUGGGCUGCUACAAGGGAUUGCAGGCCUCUUCCUUAUCUUAGGCUUGAUACUUUACCCUGCAGGUUGGGGAUGUCAGAAAGCAAUAAGCUAUUGUGGACAUUAUGCUUCUGCUUACAAACUUGGAGACUGCUCCUUGGGCUGGGCUUUCUACACAGCAAUUGGUGGCACUAUUCUGACGUUCAUCUGUGCAGUCCUCUCGGCACAAGCUGAAAUAGCAACAUCCAGUGACAAAGUGCAAGAAGAAAUAGAAGAAGGAAAAAACCUUAUCUGCCUCCUUUAAAUCCAGUGGGGAAAAACACCAGUGCCUGAAUCUUAAUCUGCUUGCCAUUGACUGGACAAGCAGAUCCACUUACCUGUUUCUACCGUUUAUGUGAUUGACCCUAUGCAUUCCAGCCCCGAACUACUGAAAUGGUCUUUCUUCUUUGCUGGGCAAUGAGGAUCAGAGAAAGGAUCCCAAGAAAACAGAAUGUAAAUACUGGAGAUUUUUUUUGUUUCAUUCUAUGAUCAGGACACAGUGGAAUAUAUUAAUCUGACCGGGGAGGAGAGAAAUCGUGUAUAUAGCAGGAAUGUUGUUGUUACAACUGAAAAUUGUGAUUGAUCCCAUUGCCUUACCCACUUUGAAGAAACACUUUGAAGAAUUUGGAUUUAAAAUAAUGAAAGCCAGCACAUUUUUUUUUCUUAUACAGAGAAGCCUGUCUUAAUUAGGCUUCGUUUCCAAGGGCUCGUCUCACCUGUGGAUAUUUCACCACCACCUGGUUUGGUACCAUACUUUCAUUGAGGUGCUUUUUGAUACUGAACUUCCUUAAAGUACAGUGCCUUCUUAGGGAGUAAGUGCUUGUUGGAGAGUGCAAAGUUGACACAAUGCAGUUUACACCAGUCUUUAAGCAUUUAAACGGUUGAGUCCCUGCAAGGUUUCUUUCUCUUGAAACUUAAAGUGCAAGAUGUCUGGCACUUGUUGCUUAGGAGGUAAAUUAUUUUCUUCCCAUUGACUAGACACUGGCUUUCACCUGAUUCUGGUAAAUUUGUUUGAAAUAAUUGUUGUUAGAAAUAUUUCUACAGCCUUUAUUAAGACUUCUGAAUUCCUAAGCAGAUGACAACUCCCCACAGCACAGCUGAGCUUUAUCUUGUGGAUGCCAACAGCCCAGCCUGGGCGGUAGCCUCUCCUACCACUGCACAUUGGACUCAACAGUAUUAGUCUUUCUCUUGCCAGUGAAACCUCAUUCUAGUCUACAGGUCAGUCUGUCUCAUGACCCAGAGUCACAUGAGUCCUUAAGAAAUGUACAUUUUUCAGGAAGUCUUGCCAAAUUCUACAUGGCUGAGAAGAUCUUUUUCCUUUUUUUAAAAAACCACAGGUAGUAUGGACACUUUUCCAACGAAAUCAGCAGAAAUAAAAUAGGCCUUGCCACAAACGACGUUACCUUCUCAAAGGCAGUUGGUUGUGUUACUUGCAUCACUUACUAGAACUACUUCUGAAAAAAAAUUUGAAAGAUACUUUAAAAAAACAAAGGAAUGCUGCAACUGUGCCAUAGGAGCAUUGGGGAUAAUUCAUCUGAGAAGUAGUUCUAACUAAAUACUAACUGAAUUUUAGACUUUUCUUCUUACUUCUUGCUAGUUUAACAUUAUCCAAGAACAGUGUUGCUCUCCGUCACCUCACUGUGUAAUACGAAGCAGAGAUUGUUGUUUAUGCCUGGUUGGUCCCUUAGAGUGUGCCAUUAGUUAUUGAUCAGUAUUAAGAAGCUGUUGUUACUGUACAGGUAGGUAGCUGGUUUCAAGACACUGCUUGUCACUGGCAAUGCUGUUCAGCAGUCAGGACCACAAGCCUGCAGCCAGCCCUGGGCAGGGCUGGACACUGGCAGCCGGUGCCUGCGACACAGCACGGACACUCAGCCAGGCACACGCCUAUGGAGCACGCCAGGACCAGCUCCCAGCCUGCACCUCUCUGUGCCCGGCACACCUUCCUGCCACCUGCCAGAUGGAAGCUGAGGUGAUCUCCCAGCCGCUGUGUAAAAAAAAGUCAAAAAGGUCAGCUUUUGCUGAUACUAAGAGGGGAUUGUUUUAGUCUAGCCUCUUCUUGCAUUCACCUGCUCUUGCAACCCACGUCCACCAUAUUGUAGCUUAAAACGGGUCAUUCACUUUUCUUUUAAAUAUUAAAAACGCCCAAAAGUUAUGGUCUGGAACCGUUUCUGCCAACUGUCUGCACAAGGUGAGAUUUUUAACAUAUCAACAUUACUGGCACAAAGUGGUGCCUGAGCCCUGCCCGUGUUCCCCUCUGGCUGCUCCCCAGCACACACCCCGCACCCUGGCCCAGCCCUCCCCGCAGCCCCUGCAGGACCAGGCCCCACCACCCGCUCUGAAGGGGCUGGGGAGCAGAGACACAUGUGACUCAGCUAUAAAUUAAUUAUGAAAUUGUGCUGCAGCUAUAGUGGUUUUUUAGGUGGGUGGCAGUCCAGCGUCCACGUCACCACUGCAAGCAAAUCUUGCUGCUGCGUUGGGGUGACAAAUGCUCCCUGGGUUUGAGCACUUGAUUAGUCAGAAUAAGGGCAGUUCUUUCAAAAGGUAUAGAGGUCAUAUCCUGCUUUGGCUUAGACGUAAGCAGUGACCCACCUUUAUUUACACUACUAGCAGACCUCUGCUGGGAACUACAGAAGGCUCAAACAACUUCAAUAUUGCGGUUUUGAAAUACAAAGGAGGUAUUCUCAGUGGCAUAUCUUGCCUUUGUUUGCAUUUAUAACCAAGAAGAACCAGCUUUUCUGUUCCCUGCUAGUCUUCCAUUGACUUGCUCUGCACCAUCAUCACUUGCCUUGCAAGAGUAUCAUGUCCUUCAGAUAGCACAGAUAGAAGAAAGGCUGGGAAGAAAUACAGCGGGUGAGGGGGAGAAAAAAGAAGAAAACACCACAAAAAACACCUAAUCAGAAUUUCUUUUCUCAGGGUUCUGUUCUUCUAGCAAGUCAGAAGACGGUAUACAUUUGAGAUUAUUUUUUUGUUCCAGAUGGGGUGCACUUAUUAAAUUUGACAGUUGUUUAAACUUGUUCCUGAAGUUCACUUCAGCAGUAGCUUUCAAAGGUAGUUUGUUUUUUUUUGUUUGGUUGGGGUUUUUUUUGUGUUUUUUUUUUUUUUUGGCGGGGAAGAAAAAGAAAUAUAUAAAUCAGCUUAAAGCUAAUUUAAUUAAUUUCAUGAGGGAGUUGCGGAGUCUUACUGCUUAUUAACAUACAUGCACUGCAUAGGAUCUAGAAUAAUUUGCUGUGGAUUCUUUAAAACCUGUGUGCCAAUUAGUUCAGUUUAACUUUGUGGUAUUGAAGAAUUCUUCAAGUAUCUGUGGUUUGAUCAACUUCAUAAACUUGCAUUCUCUAAAGUGCCAUAGACUUUUUUAUUGUAGCAUAUUUAAAAAAAAAAAAACAUAUAUCUAUCUAUCUAUAUAUAUAUUUACACAAACUUGUGUGAGAUGUGCAAUACCAGGAAUGGGUUUUGUUGUGGUUUGGUUUUUUUUCUCCCCUCCUUAAGUUUUUGCUUUUAAACAAGAUAUUUGAAAAGGGACUUCCCAGGGAAGAAAUGGCUGAAGCUUAUGAUGGUGUGGACAAACUAAAGCAGAGUGAUGCAAUAGAAUCACUUAUUUUGAAGAUUAAUACAACAUUAGUAACAGCAUCUUAAAGAUUUAACAAUAAUCUCUUCUAGAUUGAUUUGAAAUACUAAGAUCUACGUAAUACAGACAAUGAGAAUGUGAAGCUGUGUUCAUCCCUGGCAAUAUACAAUCUUAAAGCUGUAAAGGGUCAGUAAAGUUUCUUAAUGGGCUUUACUUCUAACGUGGCACUGCAAAAACACGUUGCUACUGAGCUAUUUCUGGGUUGUCUGUAUCACCUUUGUAUCUAGUUUGUUCAAUAAAAUUUCUCUUGGAUUCCGA